AUGGCACAGGCAGUCGAGGCGCAAUCGGCAUCUAUCGACGAUCAGCCGCAAGCGUCGUCAUCACGGUCACCGCCACCACCUCCGAACCCGCGCCCACGCCGCUCAGCAGAAGAUGGCGCUCGCGGCAAGCGUCUCCUCGGCAUGCUCAAUGCCACUCUGGGUCAGGCAAAGCGUCAAGCAGAAGCUCAUCGAACAGAUGCCAAACGACGUGCAACCAUCGACGCCCGCUCACAGGCCAGGCUGGACAAGGAACGAAGGGACAUCGAUGCCAAGCAGAGCUUGCAGCGCCAAUGUCAGAAAGAGCUCGCCCUCGUCCACGAACUGCUAGAGGGAGAAGCAGCGCAUCGCAGCCUACGCGCACAGAAGCGGCGCCUGGCCAGCUUUCUCGUCACAUCUUCCCCAGGACUAGUAAGAGGAGGCGAACGGCAGCGACAUGCUUCACGCUUCGGUCGCCACGUCGACGGUCCUUCCUCCUCCUCAUCUUCUACGCCCCAUCCAAUGCAUGAUGUCGCCCCCUCUGUCCCUUCGAGCCUCCCUCCUCCGACGUCCCGAUCAGAUUACGAGCGUAAACGCUGGCCCAUAUACUAUCUACCACGCAAGUUAACAGCCCAGCAGGAGGACAUGUUGGAUGAUCAGGAGGACAGGGUGGAUGCAGAGAUCGAUGAGGCCGAUAGGCUUUGGCAGGAGCGCAAGGGCAGGAUGGAAGACGAGUUGCAAAGUUUGAGGGAGAGGACGCAAGAGAUGGCGUCAAGGUUGGAAGGGGAGGCAGAUGGAGGGGAGGAGAACCAGCAGGAGGAGGGGAGGAAGCUGCCACGAGUAGCGCCGAUGAAGGGCGACGAGGAGCAAAGCCAACCAUCGGGGCCAGUCGAAGGUGAUAUGGACGUCGACGAUGGGCAACUUGGCAGCAAUCAUCACUCGGUAGCAGACGCAGCGCUAGUAGCAUCAACAGCAAAAGCAGGCGCUUCACCAACGCCAGAUCCGACAGCAUUAAUAGGCCCCCCACAGGAUGCAGCAGCAAGCAGCAAAGGCCAGGAAGACGACGACGCCAAAAUGCAGACAGCCGUUGCCCACGCCAAAGUUGGCGAUGACAGACAGGAUACGCAAGGUCCACCAGCCGACCCUGUCAUCGAUGCUUCCUCUGCAUAG